AGAGUGUGCUGCAGCUAGCUGCGUGUCCCCACAGUUGCUGCAGGUGCCAUGAGCUCUCCAGACGGGCCAAGCUUUCCGUCGGGGCUGCUCUCUGGGGGCACCUCCCCCAGCGGCGAUGACGGCUUCUUCCCCUUUGUGCUGGAGCGGAGGGACUCAUUCCUGGGAGGGGGCCCAGGACCUGAGGAGCCCGAGGACCUGGCCCUGCAGCUGCAGCAGAAGGAGAAAGACCUGCUCCUGGCCGCGGAACUCGGCAAGAUGCUUCUGGAGCGCAACGAGGAGCUGCGGCGGCAGCUGGCGGUGCUGAGUGCCCAGCACUCCGAGCGCGAGGAACGGCUGCAGCAAGAGAACCAUGAGCUCCGCCGGGGCCUGGCAGCCCGGGGGGCAGAGUGGGAGGCCAGGGCUGUGGAGCUGGAGGGGGACGUGGAGGCCCUGCGGGCCCAGCUCGGGGAGCAGCGCUCAGAGCAGCAGGACAGCGGGCGCGAGCGAGCGCGGGCCCUCAGGGAACUCAGCGAGCAGAACCUCCGGCUCAGCCAGCAGCUCGCCCAGGCCUCCCAGACUGAGCAGGAGCUUCAGAGGGAACUGGACACCCUCCGGGGGCAGUGCCAGGCUCACGCCCUGGCCGGGGCAGAACUGAGGUCACGGCUGGAGAGCCUGCAGGGAGAGAACCAGAUGAUGCAGAGCCGCCGGCAGGACCUGGAGGCCCAGAUUCGUGGCCUGCGUGAGGAGGUGGAGAAGGGCCAGGGCAGACUGCAGACCACCCACGAGGAGUUGUUGCUGCUGCGGCGGGAUAGGCGGGAGCACAGCCUGGAGCUGGAACGCGCGCGCUCGGAAGCCGGGGAGGCACUGAGUGCCCUGCGGAGGUUGCAGCGGCGAGUCUCGGAGCUGGAGGAGGAGUCACGACUCCAGGACGCCGACGUGUCCGGCGCCUCACUGCAGUCGGAGCUUGCCCACAGCUUGGAUGGAGACCAGGGCCAGGACGUGGACGCCCCCAAAGAUGCCCCGACCACCCUGUGCCCGGAGACCCAAGAGGAGGCCAGACUCCAGCCCUCACCCCAGGAGGAGAGCCUAGAGCCCCCCAAGAAGCGAGCAUCCCUGAGCCCAGCGGAGAUACUGGAAGAGAAGGAGGCAGAAGUGGCCAGGCUGCAGGAUGAGAUGGCGCUGCAGCAGGCAGAGCUGCAGUCUCUGCGCGAGGAGCUGCACAGGCAGAAGGAGCUGCGGGCGCAGGACGACCCGGAGGCGGCUCUGAACGACGCCCUCUCGGACCGGGACGAGGCCGUGAACAAGGCCCUGGAGCUGUCGCUGGAGCUCAGCCGCGUCUCGCUGGAGCGAGACUCCCUGUCCCGGGAGCUGCUGCGCGCCAUCCGCCAGAAGGUGGCGCUCACGCAGGAGCUGGAGGCCUGGCAGGACGACAUGCUGGAGGUGAUCGGGCAGCAGCUGCGAUCGCAGCGCCAGAAGGAGCUGAGCGCCACGGCGACGCCCACCCCACGCCGCGCCGCGCCCCGCUUCUCGCUGCGCCUGGGCCCAGGGCCCGCUGGCAGCUUCCUCAGCAACCUCUUCCGAAGGACCUGAGAGCCGGGCCUAGGGGGUUGCCCUUACCCAUUCUGGGGCGUACUUUCCUCGUCUGGCCCUGGAGCGACAAGGGCCCGGAUUGUCUUCCAAGGCGGGGAGCUGCUGCCCUCCCCACCCCAGGAGGCCAGGCAGGGGCUCAGCGGGAGCAGGGGCCAGCUUUGGGGGCCAGGGGCCCCAGUGGGUGGCGGGGGUAAAUGGAGCAGAGCUAUUUUCCGAAUCUCUAUA